CGUAGUGGGCGGAUGUGACGUACGGUGCGUUUGUUGUUGGCUUCCGGGUGAGGCGCUACCGUCUUCGCUGCCCCCCGGGACAGGGUUCUUCACCCUCCCCAGACCUGGGGGGAGGACUGCAGUGAGGUCCACUCUCCCACUUCGCAGGCUAGCAGGGGAGCAGCCACCUGGGCUGACAGCUGGAGCCCCGGUCACGCCCGGGGUGGCUGACAGGAUUUCAAGACUCCUGCUGGAAGCAAUGCAGCCCCUCGAGGUCAGGUCUGUGUUUGAGGCUGCCCAGGAUCCCACCUUCCUGCAUGGCCUCUCCCUCGUCAAUUGCUCUUCAGAGGACCUGCCAUCCACAGACUCUAAUGCCAUAAAGCCAGAGAAGCCAGUGGUGGCCGACGGGGAGGAGAGAGCCCGAGGGGUCCCAGAGAUAUCGGACCGGAUGUGCUGCUCAUCCUGCUCCCGGGUGUUUGACAGCAGGGAGGAGCAGACGGAGCAUUACCGCCUGGACUGGCACCGCUUUAACCUGAAGCAGCGUUUGCUGGGGCGCCGGGCACUCGCAGCAGAGGAGUUUGAGGAGAAGACCUGUGCAGGUGACGUCUCCAGCAUCUCUGGGUCCGAUUCUGAUGACUUCGAUUCGGGCAGCGAGUCCGAUCUGCUCCCUCCCCAAGACCACACAGACCCAGGGAGCAGCCAGCAGAGCCUCUGCCCAGGCACCCGCUCAGCGAAGGUCCUGUUCCGCAACUCCCAGGGCCAGCUGCUCUCCGCCUACCGCUGUGUGCUGGGCGGUAAGAAGGGCGGUGGUGAGCAGCAGGCAGAGCUGGUGGCAUCUCUGCAGAGCAUGGGCGCAGGCACCUGUUGGGUUAUCCUGAUGACAGGCGGUGGACACUUCGCAGGAGCCGUCUUCAGGGGGCCUGAGGUGCUGGAUCACAAGACCUUCCACCGGUACACGGUGCGUGCCCGCCGGGGCACGGUGCAGGGCGCGCGCGAUGCCCAGGGCCAGGCCUCCAUGCCCAAAUCGGCCGGCGCCUCGCUGCGGCGCUACAACGAGGCGGCUCUGCUCAAGGACAUCCAGGACCUACUGGCCAGCUGGGCGCAGCAUCUGCAGGGAGCCCAGCGCAUCUUCCUGCGUGCCCCCCGUGCCAACCGGGCACUGCUCUUCAGUGGCAGGAACCCCCCUCUGCACAAGGACGACCCCCGCGUCUGCAACAUCCCCUUCAGCACCCGCAGAGCCACCUUCAGGGAGGUGCUGCGGGUGCACGCGGCCCUGGCCACCCUGCAGGUGUAUGGGAAGGACACAGCGGUGGCAGAUCUUGCUGGCUCCCCCCGGAAGGGCUGGAGGAAAGUGCCGUGUGCGCGGGUGGAAGAGCCCCAGCAGGGUGACGCCAGCACCCCGUCGGAGGAGGAGGAGAGCCAGGCUGGGGAGCUGGAGACGGUGGAGGUGACGCUGAGCACCCUGCAGCUCCGGGAGUUUGAGGUGACGCCUAAGCGAAGCCGCAAGAGGAGGAGGAGGAAAGACAAAGUGGGGAGAGGAGCAGGGGCCCGCGCCGAGGGGCCAGGAGGCCAGGAGGAGCCUGAGGGCUCAGCACCCCAGCCAGCAGCAGAGACGGUGACAGACCCCCAGGAAGGGCCUGGGCCAGAGCCUGCUCCCUGGGAGAAAGGAGCUCCGCUCCUGGGCCAGCUCCGCGACGCCCUGUUCACGGCCUGCAAGACGGGGGACGUGGGGACGCUGCGGCGCCUCCUGGGUGUGGCAGAGAGCGGGGCACCCCCGGCAGGCAGCGAGGAUGGUGCCAUGGGGCAGCCCCAAGGCCACCCUGGCAGGGUGCAGAGUGAGGGCUCGGAGCCCAACCGCGCAGCCCCGGGGCUCCUCUCGCUGCUCAGCGAGCCCAUCGCCGGGACCGGCUUCACCCUGCUGCACGUGGCGGCUGCGGCAGGGAAGGGGGCGGCUGUGCGACUGCUGCUGGAGGCUGGCGCCGACCCUGCGCUCAGGGACUGGCAGGAGCGGCCCCCGUAUUGUGUCUCUGCCGACAAGUCGACACGCAACGUCUUCCGCAAGUUCAUGGUGGAUCACCCAGCCAAGUACGACUACGGGCGGGCCAAGGUGCCCGGGCCCCUGACAGCGGAGAUGGAGGCCAGGCAGCUGGAGAAGCAGCGGGCACAGAAAGCGCAGCGGAAGCAGCGGGCGCAGGAGCUGAGGGGGCAGCAGCAGCGGCUGGCGCAGGAGCAGGAGGAGAAGCGGCGCUUUGCGGCCCUGCCAGACAGAGAGAAGAGGGCCCUCGCUGCCGAGCGGAGACUGGCUGCCCAGCUGCCGGACACGGGCGCAGCUCUUGCCAACACCAGGCGCUGCUGGCAGUGCGGGGAGUCCCUGCUGGGCCGGAUCCCCUUCCACUACCUUGACUUCUCCUUCUGCUCCACGGCCUGCCUGCAGACUCACCGCCGGGGCCGCGCCGGCCCCCCCUAGCGCCCGCGCCGCCGGGAAGGCAGGGGGCUGCCACGCACAAGGGGGCUUAGGUGGAAACGGACAGUUGCCUCCUGCCUGCUGGGGGGGAGGCGCUGGGCACUCCUGGGGGGGCUGAGCCUCCUUCCCAGACCAGGGGGCAGCCCCCUGCCUCUGCCUAGAGGAGCAGGGGAUCAGAGCCCAGGGGGGGUUGGUGGGGGGAUGAGCACCACCCCUGGGGCAGGAGUGUCACAGUCACACACGGGGGAGGGCCCUGUUUUGGGGCAGGGGGAGAGGCUGCAGCUGGGGGAGGGACCAGGCAGCCGUGCCCUGUGGGCACAACACUGGUGCUGUGCAAACGCCUGAGGGGCUCCGGCUCCAGCUCCCGGGGCCAGGCACCGGUGGGGCCCACGAGCCAGGGAGUGGGUGGUUAGGGACGGGCAGCUGGGCUCAGAACAGCGCCCCCCAUGGGCAGCAGCUCAUUGCCUUAGGUGGGAGCUCGCUGCAGCACCACGGGCCCUGCCUGGCACCCGUUACCCCUCCCCUUUAGCCAGGGGGUGCGCUGGCCCCCUCCCCGCUCCGGGCUGGCGUAGCUGAAGUGACUGACUCGGGCCGCUGCCCGCAGCUCAGCCCAGCCUGCGUCUGCCUGGGGAAGGGGGGGAGGUGCUAUAGCCCCCCCCCCCCGUCACCCCCUGCAUGCUGGGGGCCAUGCUGCAGACGGGUGCCCGGUUCUUCCCCAGGGUGCAGUACCCCGAGCAAGCCCCCCAGUGGCCCUCGUGUGCUCCCCAGGGCUCUGACCCCAGGCUCUGACUCAGAGCAGCUCGGCCAGCCCCCCCGGGCCCCCCAUGGUCAGUCAGAGCUGUUCACGGCCCAUGAGGGUUGCUGUGAACCAC